GACGGGCGGUCGCUCCUUUCCGUCCCCUCAGUCCCGCCGCCCGCGGGCGGGCUUUCCUUUCUCUGCUCCCCGCGCUGUCCCUCCUCAGCCCGGGCUGGCGCUGGGAGCGGCUCCCGGUGGCCGCUCGGGAGCGGCGCGGGGCCCCGCGGGCAGAGCUCCCUGAGGGCCUGUGGCGGCCUCGGCGUGCUCUGUCUCCUCGCCGUCCCCCGGGCAGCCGCGCCCCGAGCCAGCCGCCUCCGCUCUGAGCCCCCGGGCCCUCGUCGCACCUCUCGCUGCUUUUUAAUUCCGCCGCUUCGCCCUCCGGUACCGGAGAAGCGCUUUUUGCCAGCUGCCCUGGGGAGCGCAGUAAGAGGCGUUAACGUCGCUUACGGGAGCUUGUGAAGUUGAUUAUUCAGUGUUGCCAAAGAUGAAGAGGAAAGUUGGGAAAGUUAGGAAUUUGAGGCUUAGUCCUAAUGAAGAAACCAUGCUUCUGAAAGAGGAAUACGAGAGAAGAAGAAAAUUGAGGCUACAGCAAGUUAGAGAGCAACAGAAGUAUAUCGCCUUGCAGAUAAGACAGAAAGUAAAGCAGAGGAGAGAAGAACAACUACAGCAGUUAGAGGAGGCACUGAGAGCUGAAUGGCAGAAAGCACAGGAUCAAAAGAUGAAAGCCUUAGAAAAACUGUAUUUAUCAAGCUUAAGAGCGAUUGGUGAGGGUCACCGUCAAGCCAAGGAGAACGAACCUGACUUAGAAGCUCUGGCAAAGCAAGCAGAAGAGAGGAAACAAAGAGCAGAGAAGAGACAUAGGAAAGCUCUGAAAGAGCAAAAGUGCCAAAAAGAAAAAUUACUUCGUGAGCAAGCCCGACGAACUAAUGCACGUAAACACGCUCUGGAAGUGGAAAGACAAAGAGCAGCCAAAGUUGCAAGCCUGCCACCUCCUCCACCACGUCCUCUUGAGAAUUUUGAAGUGAAAAAGACUCCUGCAGUGAAGCCAUAUAGUGCUGACAACUUCUCUGUUACACGUUACCAUAUUUUUGAACCUUAUGUGGACAAAGAAGUAGAUGAAGAACAGCUAGAUGCUCGGUUAGCUGCUGAAGAAGAGGGGAAACGUUUGGAGGAACUACACAGAGAGGCAGAGAGGGAGAGAAGAGGGCAGCUUGAAAAGGCACAUCUCAGAGGAAGCCAUGCCUUGAAGAAAGUCCAUUUGGCUCAGGACAGGGAAAGGCUAUUGAAAGAACUUGAGCAAAUGCACAAUAUCGAUCGGAUGCGCAGAAGACAGAUUGUAGCGCAGAUGCCACCUCAACUUUUUGUGCCUGCAUACAAACGCGUGGAAGCAAAAGAAGAAUGGCAGAGAGAAUUGGAGUUUGCAUUUGAGGAUAUGUACAGUGAAGACAAGAAAUUGAAAGGAGACCUGAUUUUGCAGUUUGAGCCACAGCCUUUGCCAGCUCCCGCUGACAGAUCUCAAGAUAAUGAUCUUGAUAUCUCUUUGGAUCAAGAAUCUGCUUGUGACACUCAACCAGAAUCUACUUGUGAUACUCGACAAGAAUCGAGACAGAUGAUAGAAGAGGAGAUCCCCAAUGAAUCAGAAAGUCAUGAAGAAGCAAAAACUCACCAACCUCAGUCAAAACUUGCCUUAAAGAAAUUGCUAAACAAGAUUAGAAGCCAAAAACAGGAGUGGAUGUCAAAAAGCGAGAACGAGAUUCAAGGUGAAAUUGAGACUAUUGAAUCAGGCACAAUUGCUAGUGAAGAGAAACCAUUAUGUGAUUUAGAACUUAACUAUGAGCAACAGAAAAAUACAGUAUGUGAAACCAAAGAUUCUGUGAAAAUGUUGGAAAAUACAGUUACAACUGGAAAUCCAGUUCUAAUCCAUCCUCAAGAACAAGCAGCUAAAAUUAGAAUGGAAGAGGAGAGACAAAAGUGGAAGGAGCAAAUAGAACAACAGAAACAGGAACAACUGGCCUUGCUUAAACAAAUUGAAGAAGAGAGAGCACGUUUGGAGGCUGAUUUUCUGAAGAUCCAAAUACAAACCUGCUUGGAGGAGUCUAAGAAAAAAAAAGGGGAGGAAAAGCAAGGCCAGCUGGUGCAAACUCAUACUGUUCCUUCUACAGAUCAGCAGAACAAAGUGGAACCUGAGACUGGAAAUACUACUGUGUCAGAAACCAGGAGUCCUAGAGAAGACAGCCAUAUACAGAUGAUUCGUGAUUAUCAGCAACGCCUUCUACAGCAAAAUAGGCUGCACAAACAGACCAUUGAAGAAGCUAGAAAGCAUCUACAGGAGUAUCAGAAUAAACUGAAAAAAAGAUACGUGUCUUCUGUAACACCACCGAGCUCUUUGGAAAGAAAAUCAAUUUAUUUAAAGCCUGUCUCAGAACCAAUUCUACAGAGGCAAGGAGUGCAACCAACACAGGACCAGUCAUCUGAACAAGUUCAUGCACAAGAGUGUGCGCGGUCGCUACCUGUGUUUUCAGGAAUGAUCCGUAUGUCGGAAAAAACAUCAGCACAGGAACACAAAGAGCAAAUGUGUAAUGUUUGUCCUGGCAGACACAUGCAGUUUGUAGAAGCAUCAAAAUUGAAGCAUGGGGAGUUGCAUUUGCCAUGUGGCUGCCUUUCACAGGAACAAGUGGGAAUGUUGGAAACCUCCAAUAAUCAUGUCAGAGAAACAUCUCGGUUUCAGUUACCAUCAGGGUUAGUAAUGAAAGAUGUCACUGCAGUAAGAACACAACCGGAAGCACGUGUACAGCAUGUUAGAUUUGUUUUGCCUGCAGAAGAUUCCUCUGAACCUUCAGAAACAGUGCACUUGAAAGAGUCUUCUCAGAAGAUAUCUAACCAUCAAACAGAAACAGAAGCUGAAGAGCUUCCGCUUAAGACACCAUUCAUGCCAGCAACAAAGGAACCUCAUAUUAUUCAGGCAGCCUCAGUUGAUUCUUUAGCAUAUCAGCAGGGAUCUGCAGAGAGUACCAUCAAAACAAGCCUUGAACCACCCCUCAAUUUUCCUGAACCCAUGACUUUACCUCAUGAAGAAUCUAAAGCCCAGGGUGUUCAGGAAUUUUUGAUCUCAAAACCAGGAGAUGCAUCUUUGAUAAAUUAUUCUGGUAUACUGAAUUUAAGGGACAGAGUGUUGGCCUCAUCAGAAAGCAUCCAAGCUCAGCAAAAGUAUUUGAAAGAAUUGCAAGAGCAGCUGGAUGCACAAAGAGAAGCUCUUCUUUCUAGGCAGAAAAUACAAGAACAACUACUUUUACAGAAGCAAGAUAAAUUGAAGGAACAGAUGCAGAGACAGCAAGAGGUUUUGAAAGAAUUUCUGAAUAAGCAGGUGAGACAUAUCUGCACAAAUGAAGAAAUGACAGAGACACAAAAGCCUGACUGGAUUAAUAAGACUGACUUUUUCCAACUCUCAGACAACUACCAGCAAGAGAAUUGUGGCAGGCGUAAAUUUCACGGAAGUGAAACAACUUCACAGUGCAUCAGUCCAGCUGAGCAAACUGAACAGUCUGAGAAAGUUCUAUGUAAAGAACAAAGAUGGAGAUCUUCCAAACCACCUGUGGCUAAAGUCAAGCUAGGGCUUGAUUUGGAACAACAUGAACUUAGUGUUAUACCAGAGGUAGACACACCAAAGAGUUGCAACAUGUCUUUUGCAGAUAAAACAGAUUCUGUUGGUGGAGAAGCUUCUCCUAUUUUGACUACUGCGGAGUUUGCACAUGUGAAACGUUACGGUCAUGCCGUAUGUGAAGGCGGCAGGUUACCUUUGAGCAUAACAAACUAUGAGGAACAAAUCUCUAAUGGGAGUCCAAGGCAAAGUAAACAGUCAAGUAGAUUAUUGCAGGAGGUGCUGCUGAUGACUGCUGAGAAAUCAUAUGAUUCAGCCCAGUCCCAGGAUUCUCAGGUUGCUCAAGAUUCACCAGUUCUUGCUGCUGAAGUUGGAGAGGGAGUUGCAACACAUUCUGGACCAUCAUUCAGACUUGAUAAUACGCUUGGGAAGAAAUGUUCACAUCUAAUUCUUCAAAAUUUGGAAGAAGUACUUUCUAAAGUAGUAUCCACGAGUUUAGGUUCAGAGGCUUUAAUGCAAGGAAUACCCUGUGACUUAUCUUCAACAAUUUCCACUGGAAGCUUUUUGACUAAUGAAAUGUUGGAUGUAAGCCCUGUUGACACUGGAUUGUCUUCUGAUAGUACGGAAGAUCGAAUUUUGAGAGAAACAGCAAGCUGCCCUUGGAACUCCUCGUUGCCUGAAGGAGAGAUGUACAUUAAUAAAGGAAGUCAGAUAGAGCAGAUCUUGGGGAAAUGUACUGGAGACUUGAACUCUUACUCAGAGGACAAUACAUGUUUCCAAGCUCUAGCAGCUGAACUCGAUUUUCCUGAAAUUGAGGGACAUUUUCCGAACUUCCAGCUCUUUCAGCCUUUGGAACCAAGUCUUGACUCUGAUGCUUCAUCAUCCUUUUCUCAAUACAGAAUUUCACAAGACAGUAGAGAAUUUAGAAAGACUUCAAAACUUUCAGCAAAACAUCAAGACAUGCCUAUGUUUCUGGAAGUGGGAAACUCCAGUGUAGAUACACAAAGCAGCAGCUUGCCUUCUAGGCUUGAAACAAAUGGGACAAACAACAUCACAUCAGACAAAGAGUCCGUUAAAGAAAAUGUUACUCUGGGAUCUGAACAAUCUUUUUACCAACUGCAAUUAGAAUCUACUCUGAGCGAUCACUGUCCGAAUGCUGAUCAGCUGGUGGACCUUAACACUGUGUUACAGAGAUCUCUUGAACAAACCCCUGGAAUUAAAAAAUGGGGCAAUGAGAGUUGUCUUUCAUCUAGCAGAGAAUAUGAAGAACUGGCAAGAAACAUGGAAUGUAUUAAUCUCCAGUGUUCAAUGGAAGAUCUGCGAAAUGAAAGUCUGAAUUCACUAGAAGAGCAAAAAUCAUUUUAUCAGCUAAAUACAACACCCGUUACAGUGGAUGAAACUUUCCCUCAACACUUAUUAAAAGAGACUGUGUCUUCUGAAAAAUUACCUGUGGAGGCACCUGAUAAGUAUGUGAAGCUUACUGAAAAAUUAGUUCAUGUACAUGAAGCAAAUAAACCUGUGGAGCUGGAUUCUCAGUGCAAUAUGAAGAUAAAGGAGACAGAUCAAAGCUUUCCUGGAGUACAGAAAUCUUCGAGGAUUCCUAGGGAAGCCAACUUAGAAGACUCAGACAUCCAUUUACAGGCUGUUGUACAGCAGAAUGUGUCUUUCCUAGAAAGACAUGAAAAAUAUUCUAGUUCUGUGCCCAGAAGCUCCUGUCGUAUUCCAGUCUGGGAGACAGAGUCUGGGUGUGGUAUUAUGGAAGAGCCUGAACUCACUCUGAUAAGCUCAAAUGACAUCAGUGUUGCAGAAUCAGAUAUUGAACAUACUAACCAAGAGAAAAGUAAGGAGGGUAAAAUCAAUAAUGCAGCAUGUGUGGAUCAGUCCAAAUUUAAUGUAUUUUCUGAGGAGAGAGAAUUUUUACCACUAGUUCCAGAUGCAGAUUAUUCAGUGUUCGUAAGGCCUGACAGUUCUUCCACAGCCCAGAGUCCCAAAGACAGUCACUUUCCAUCACAUCAGACUGCAGUGAUGCUGCUGGAGUUUGCGGCUGCACCUGGAAGUUUGCAAGAAUCUUUUUUAAAAAGAAAGAACAACUUCAUCCAGAAAUCUCAGAAGAGGGUAGAAGAAAUUAAAAAUAGAGACAGAAAAAAUGAAAAGCCAGAAGCCAGACAGUUCCAGAGAGGAAAGCCUGAGAAGUUAAGCAGGCAAAAGGCGUCUCUUACCUCUGGAGAAAAAGAUGCAGUUGUCAAUCAGUUGAAGAAAGCAGGAGAAGUGAAAGUGUCUUCUCCAGAGAACAGGAAGUCUGGAGAAACUGAAAUGCAGCAGCGUACUUUAAGACUUUAUAAUCAACUUGCAGAAGUAAAAAUCGGAAAGGAAGAAAAAACAAGGCAAGAAACUUACGCUAAAAACAGAGAGAAGGCUAAAGAGUUUCAGAAGAAAAUGCUGGAGAAACUACGGGGCAAGAAGACUUGGGAAGCACACUGACUGGCACAAGACUUUAGUACUAUGGUAUUGGUACAAUCCAAGGCACCCCUGAAACUUCCAAGUUAAUUGUGGAGCCAUUAGGCAUCCUCAGCUUAAAGCUGUAGGAAAACUAAUUGAACAAAAUUAGUGCAGUUCCCUCCUGUUGUACUGAGAUCAUUACAGCAACAGAUUGACUACAGCUUUAAACAUGGUUUGACUCUGAGUAGAUGGACACUAAUAUUUUAUAGUGUGCAUUAGGGUGUUCAGGGGAGAUCACACUAACUUCUGUAAUAUACAUGUAUAAAGUAUUUUCAAAUAAAUUUUUUAAGACUUGCA